AUGUUGGGUGCCAUCGCUCUAUCCUUGUUCUUACUGAAGCUGAAAUACCUGGUAGGACUGAUUGUGAUAAUCUGUAAAUUUCCCAUUGUUUCUGUUGAUCCUGCCUGUCGACUGAGUAUCAUUGAGGCAUAUGAGGAAUAUGAAUAUAUUCAUGAAGGAGAUGUCACUAUUGGAGGAAUACUAACUGUGAACUCUUUCAUAAUUCCAUUUAGUGAGUCUGGUGAAGGUCCUGACAGUCUGAUGUGUGUAAGUGCUAUGCUACAGUUUUACAGACAACUGUUAGAUUUUAUUUUUGCUAUCGAGAAAAUAAACAAUGACCCAGUCCUUUUAGCCAAUGUGACUCUGGGAUACCAUAUAUAUGAUUCCUGUGGGGACCCGAGGAAGGCUGUGAGGAGUGUGUUCCAAAUAUUAUCUGGUACCAGGGAGCCAGUUCCCAAUUACUCCUGUGUGGGAAAGAGAAACAUUGCUGGAUUUAUUGGGGAUCUCACUUUAGAUACAACUGUACCUAUAGCCCAGAUUCUAAGCCUGUUUGGCUAUGCCCAGAUCAGUUAUGGAGCUACAGGAUCUUUGCUGAGUAACAGAGUUGCCUUUCCGUACUUUUUCAGAACAGUAGAAAGUGAUAACAGUCAUUAUUUUGCUUUGAGUAAACUACUGAAAUAUUUUGGCUGGACCUGGGUUGGAAUCAUUAUAUUCAGUGAGAACAAUGAAGACCUUAAGCUACUAUCACAUCAUCUCUCCAACAAUGGAAUAUGCGUGGAGUUCCAUAUAAAGAUACAUAAUUAUAAUACCGAUGUUAAGUAUGAGCCUUACAAGGAAAUCAUUCAAAACUCCUUAACCAGUGUGAUUGUCUUCUGUGGAACAGCUUCAAUGCAUAUGAUAGGAGGGCUGGGUCUCCAGUCAGAUGCUUUCAGCACAAAGACCAUCAUUGUUUCUUUUACUGUAGCAGCCAACAGUCACAUCCUGGAUUACGCACCAAAAUUAUUUAUGGGUUGCUUAGGGCUGCUGCAAUAUUUCUCUUAUUCUCUUGAUAGUCCUGAAAGAAGACUUUUUCUAGAGACCAUCUACCCUUUAAAAUAUCCCAAAGACAAACUACUUGAAAAUAUUUGGAUACGAUACUAUUCUUGUUUGUCAGAAGACCAAGAUAAAAAUACUUUCUUUGAAAGAAUUUACAAACGCAAACUUCAGAACUGCACUGGAUGGGAACGCAUUUCACAUCUUCACCAGUUUGACAAUAAGUUCUAUUCCCCCCGUGUUCUUCUUGCAGUUAAUAUGAUGUCUCGUGCACUACAUGAUAUUCACUUCUCACACAGCAAUCAAGCUCUUACAAGCAAAAUGGUGUACAAAUUUCAGUUACAGUAUUACCUCAGAAAUAUUCUCUAUGAUAUCCAUGAGGAUAAAACUUCUGUUUAUGUUGAGAAUGGGGAACAUGUCAGUCAGUACCUGAUCUAUAACUGCCUGCUAGAUAUGGAUGGACGUAUUGCUGUGACAAAUGUUGGCCUCUUUAUACCAUGGGCUCCAUCAGAUCAGAAAAUGCACAAAGGAUCAAUAAGAUGGAAGACCAACAAUAGCCAAAUCCCAAGAUCUCAAUGUUCAGACAGUUGCCUCCCUGGUUACAGGAAGGCCCCAAGGGGCAGAACCAAAGCCUGCUGCUAUGAUUGUGUCCCAUGUUCAGAGGGAGAAAUUUCUAAUAUAACUGACAGUGAAAACUGCAUCAGAUGCCCAGACAUGGAAUGGCCUACUAAGAAAAAGAGAUGGUGCACUGCAAAAAAAAUAGAAUUUCUGUCUUACUCUGAUGAUGUGAUUUCUGUGCUUUAUUUAAUGUUCUCAGCUAUAUUGUUUUUAAUAACUGUACUAGUAUUAGGAAUUUUCAUUAAAUAUCAGGACACCCCAAUAGUGAGAGCCAACAACAGUAGCCUGAGCUUCCUCCUCCUUGUCUCCAUCAAGCUGAGCUUCCUCAGUGUGUUUCUGUUCCUCGGUCGCCCUGUGGAUAUAACCUGCAUGCUGCGUAACAUCACUUUUGGAAUCACCUUCUCCAUAGCUGUCUCUUCUCUCCUGGCCAAGACUAUCAUGGUUUAUGUUGCUUUCAAAGCCACCAAGCCAGGGAGCUCAUGGAGAAAAUGGGUGGGAGUCAAACUGUCCAAUUCUGUAGUCUUGUUCUGCUCAUCCAUUCAAAUAAUAAUCUGCAUGACUUGGUUGGCCAUUUCUCCUCCCUUUCAGGAACUGGACCUUCACACUUACCCUGGAACCAUCAUCAUUCAGUGCAAUGAGGGCUCAGCUAUUGGCUUUUACUCAGUUAUUGGGUAUAUGGGACUUCUGGCAGCUGUUAGUUUUGUUUUAGCAUUUUUAGCUCGGACAUUACCGGACAGUUUUAAUGAGGCCAAGUACAUCACUUUCAGCAUGCUGCUCUUCUGCAGUGUUUGGAUCACAAUGAUCCCGGCCUAUCUGAGCACCAAAGGCAAAAACACUGUGUGUGUGGAGAUAUUUGCCAUACUCACCUCAAGUGCUGGACUUUUAUUCUGUAUAUUUCUGCCAAAAUGCUUCAUAAUUUUAUUUAGACCUGAAAGAAACAUAAAAUCGACUAUGCUUGGGAGGAAAACCUUAAUCAGUAUGUAAAGGUGGAUUUUAAUAAAAUGUGAAUUUCACAGAUUCAGUUGAACACCUUUCUGAGCUAGAGGAGAUGGUAGAUCUGAGCUGAGCACUAUAAUCUGUCUGAAUCCUUG